AUGGCAGACUCAACAGCAUCGAGUCAGAUGGCUCAGCUCUUUUUGAAACCUCUGCUGAAUUGUUUCACCGAUAGGAGUUCCAUUGUUAGGACUCUUUCACUGGACAUCAUCAUCAGUACUCUACAUCUGGGACUCACGCAUCCUGCUUUGUGUCUACCUUACUUGUUAUCUUCAUGUACGUCAGUUGAUGACGCCAACACAUCCAGCAAAGCUUAUAAAUGGCUUUUGCAUCUGCAUAAGAGAUAUCCUCAAUUUGUGCAGGCAUCCAUGUUAAUGGGAUUACGACUCUCUUACAACAUGCACCACAACACUUCAAAAGCAGAAGAAACAUCAAAUAUUAACCAGAGGCAUAGUUUCUUUUUAUCAGCGUUGAAAUUGUUUGAUGGCUCCUACCAUCACACAACAAAAGCAGCAGAAAAUAUUCAGGGAGUAGAAAUCAAGGAAUUGUUAUUCAUAGCAGACAACAUGGCCUCAUUUGCUUAUCAGCGAUUGGAGGAAAUAACGAAGAACAGAAAUUUUUCAAAUAAUCCGCCAAAUGACAUCCUUGUUAGCAAGAAGAACGAUAAAAGUCGCAAAAUUAAACAGAAUAACACAAAAAAGAAAAUUAAAAGUAUGAACAUAAAUAACCAAGAUGAUGGUGAAGACGACAAUGAGUGUGAAAUGAAGCUCAUAAAAGAAAAUUGCUCAACUUUUGUAAAAUCUUUGCCCGAAACCGAGGCAAACAGACUAAGACAUCAAGUGCAUCAAAUCCAGGGCUGCCUGCUGCUUGUUUAUCUGAGGGAUCAUCUGAAAAAGUUGUAUGACAUUUCAGAUGGUUUAGUGCAGGAGUUUUCACGUGCGGGCAAUGCCAAAACAUUCGAUAAACUGAUACAGAAGAAAUCAAACUUGCUAUUAAAGCCUAAAUUAGUUCUAUUGCACAUUGAUGGUCCUCAAGAUGAACAGUUUAUGGUUGACACGUUUAUGGAGAUCCAGAAGUCUUUGACGAUUAAUGACAUGUGCAUGAACCUCGAUUGUUAA